UAGCAAGGCCUUCCCCUCCCCACCCUUUUCUGGGCUGGCUGCUUAAGGGCUGGUAUAAAGGACUUGUUUCCUGCUGAAAAAGCAGAAAGAGAUUACCAGCCACAGACAGGUCAUGAGCCCGGUGUUACUGCUGGCCCUCCUGGGGGUCACCUUCCCACUGCCAGGAGUGCAGGCGCUGUUCUGCCAGUUGGGGACAAUUCAGGAUGUGUGGAAUGUGUCCGACCUGCCCCUGCAAUGGACCCCUAAGAACACCAGCUGCGACAGCGGCUUGGGGUGCCAGGACACGUUGAUACUCAUUGAGAGCGGACCCCAAGUGAGCGUGGUGCUCUCCAAGGGCUGCACGAAGGCCAAGGACCAGGAGCCCCGCGUCACUGAGCACCGGAUGGGCCCCGGCCUCUCCCUGGUCUCCUACACCUUCGUGUGCCGCCAGAAGGACUUCUGUAACAACCUCGUUACCUCCGCCCCGCUUUGGGCCCCGCAGCCCCCAGCAGACCCAGGAUCCUUGAAGUGCCCAGUCUGCUUGUCUAUGGAAGGCUGUCUGGAGGGGACAACGGAAGAGAUCUGCCCCAAGGGGACCACACACUGUUAUAAUGGCCUCCUCAGGCUCAGGGGAGGAGGCAUCUUCUCCAAUCUGAGAGUCCAGGGAUGCAUGCCCCAGCCAGAUUGCAACCUGCUCAAUGGGACGCAGGAAAUUGGGCCCGUGGAUAUGACUGAGAACUGCAAUACAAAAGAUUUUCUGCAGCUCAAGCCAGUAGGAUUUCUUGAGGAACUCAACAUGGGAGAGAAAGAGCGUGGUCAAGGACAACACCAACGUUUUCAGCUAGGCCGGCAGAAACGAGCCGCCACAGAUGUUCUGACCUGUCAUCGGGGGACCACCUUGAAGACUCAGGAAAACUUGAGUAAAGAACCCACUGAAUGGACCACAUUUAAUACCGAGAUGUGCGAGGUGGGGCAGGUGUGUCAGGAGACGCUGCUGCUCGUAGAUGUAGGACGCACAUCAACCCUGGUGGGGACCAAAAGCUGCAGCGCUGUUGGGGCUCAAAAUUCCCAGAAGACCACCAUCCACUCAGCCCCUCCUGGGGUGCUUGUGGCCUCCUAUACCCACUUCUGCUCCUCGAACCUGUGCAAUAGUGCCAACAGCAGCAGCGUCCUGCUGAACUCCCUCUCUCCUCAAGCUGCCCCUGUCCUAGGAGAUCGGCAGUGUCCUAUCUGUGUGCAGCCCCUUGGAACCUGCUCAAGUGGCUCCCCCCGAAUGACCUGCCCCAGGAACGCCACUCAUUGUUAUGAUGGGUACAUUCAUCUCUCAGGAGGUGGGCUGACCACCAAAAUGAGCAUUCAGGGCUGCGUGGCCCAACCUUCCAGCUCCUUGUUGAACCAUACCAGACAAAUCGGGAUCUUCUCUGUGCAUGAGAAGGGUGAUGAGCUGCCUGGUGGGGCUGGGGGCCUGGAGUCUCUCACGUGGUGGAUAGGGCUAGCACUGGCCCUAGCGCUGUGGUGGGGGGCGGUUUGCCCUUCCUGCUAACUCCAUUUCCCCCACGAUUCUUCACCCCUGCUGACCACCACACUGAACCGUCCAUGUUCUUGUAACCUAAUGGCCUUGGACACCAGAUUCUUUCCCCAUCCUGUCCAUGAAUCAUCUUCCCCACACACAAUCAUUCAUAUCUACUCACCUAAUAGCGACACUGGGGAGAUCCUGGAGCAGCCGGACCUGCCCUAUGGGAGAG